AUGAUAGCAGACCUUAGUAUCAACAUAAAUGACACUUUGACUGAAUUCAAUGGCUGUUUUGAGAUGAAACAUUUUGAUUAUGAAGUAAGGACCUCUUAUCCAGCUGUAUGUGUAAUAUUAUAUGGUUUCCUAACUCUCUUGUCUCUUGUCACGGUGUGUGGAAACUUCCUUGUAAUACUGUCUGUCAUUUACUUUAAACAGAUGCACACUCCUACUAACACUCUCAUUCUGUCCCUGGCUGUGGCUGAUCUGUUGGUUGGCAUGUUUGUUUUCCCUCUCAGAAUGUUUUUGUCUCUCAAUGCGUGUAUGUACAGGUAUUAUGUCAGUUUAUUUUGUAAGAUAAGGGACAGCUUUGAUAUACUAUUUAGCCAAUGCUCUAUCAUGCACCUGUGCUGCAUUUCUGUGGACAGAUAUCACGCAGUGUGUCAGCCUCUAACAUAUAAAUCUAAAAUCAAUGGUCGUGUUGUCUUCAUCAUGAUUGCUUUGAGUUGGGGUGUUUCUGUGUUUAUUGCCAUCGCUGUGGUAAACAGUAGAUUAACCAAUGAUGAAUGUCAGGACAUGUGUUUUAUUGAUGUGGUCAUGACAAAUAUUGUAGCACCUUUAUUAGCAUUUUUCCUUCCUAUUCUCAUAAUGCUUUGCAUCUACCUGAAGAUAUUUGUUGUCGCACAGAGACAGGUACGAAGCAUCCAAGCAAAGAUGAAGCCUGGAGCAACUGUCAGUAAGAUGGAGAGAAAAGCCACCAAAACUCUGGCUAUUGUUUUAGGAGUUUUUGUGUUUUGCUGGGCUCCUUUCUUUCUUUUCCUAAGUUUUAAAACUGUUGGAAAUGAUUCAGCACCCGUUCAUGUGAUUGAAACAGUGGCUUGGCUUGGACUCGCAAACUCUACUCUGAAUCCUUUUAUCUAUGGUUUCUUUUAUAGCUGGUUCAGAUCAGCCUUUAAAAUGAUUGUUUCUGGGAAAAUCCUAAAAGGAGACUAUAUUAACCUGAAGUUGCAUUGAACUUUAAGUUAUUUUGUUGUUAUUGUUUAAUAAAAUGACAGAUAUGUUUUUAUGUCUAUUCAUGUUUUGUAAAAUAUCAUUAGUCCAAUGUCAGAA